AUGGCCCGAAAGCGCAGUCACUCUGAAAUCUCGUCGGGCUCUCCUACAACUUCAAAAGCUCAAGGUCCCACCAUCAGUAAAAAUUCCACUGCUGCUUUCUUUGCAGAUUCGGUUGGAACAGAUAUGGUCGAUAUCCAUGUCGGUCGAGAUGACGACAAGAAGCUUUUUCGUGUUCACAAAAAGAAGAUAUGCGCACACUCUUCUUACUUCAAAGACUGUUUUGAGAAGGGCAAAAGGGUCACAAGACUCUCAGAUGAAUCUCCCAAGCUCUUCGACAUAAUCAUCGAGUGGAUCUAUACCGGCAAGCUGCGUUUGUCCAAGAAAUCAAUCUCGAAUAGCGAAAACUGUUCAUUGUAUGCACUUGCAGAGUUGCUAGUUCUACACGUUGCCAUGGACAGAAUUAUGACUUUUAUCCGUAGCAGACAUUACAAGGAGAACUUCUAUUUUAAAGCGAGCAGCGUUAAGGAAAUUUAUUACAACACCUUCCAGAACUCAAAACUCCGAGAUUAUGCUAUCGAAUUGUUUGUUUACACUCUUCGAGGGAACACAGAUAAAUACCGAAAGGUGAUUGAAAAUUGGGAGAUAAAAUCACUUUUGAAGGUCGACGAUUUCACCACUGACUUCAUCAAAUUGAGCCGAAAAAUCACCAUUGAGGAUCCCCGUCUCAGUGGAUGCCGAUUUCAUGUUCAUGAAGAGGAUGAUGUAUGUGGAGAUACCGACAGCAAUGAGGAAAGUGACGAGGAAAGUGAUGAGGAAGAAGACGAAGAUGAAGAGGAAGACGAAGAGGAAGACGAAGAGGAAGACGAAGAGGAAGACGAAGAGGAAGACGAAGAGGAAGACGAAGAGGAAGACGAAGAGGAAGACGAAGAGGAAGACGAAGAGGAAGACGAAGAGGAAGACGAAGAGGAAGACGAUGAUGGAGAUGAAGAAGACCUUGGAGAAUAG